GCUGCUUCACCAUCCAUAGCAGCCUGAACUACCUAAAAUUUUGCAAAACAAUCCCGGUCCUCACAUCAACACCCAGACCCAUUCCACUCCAACAAUGUCGGAACUCCAACCCAACGGAAUCUACAUCAUGCUCUUCCUCCGCAGCGACGUCCCAGAGCGAGACAACUUCCACUGGGCCCUCUACCACCACCACGACCCCGAAACCGCAACAGGAGGCGGCGGCGGCGGCCAUAAAUACCACAUCAAAGGCUCAAAAGACUCCUGGCUCGCCGACCACGGACACACCCAAGGCGUCCUCAAAGCCUUCCUCCUCGUCGGCCUCUUCCACAUCUGCACCGUGCCGGCCGGCCUGGAAACCCACGUCGACACCACGCUGCGCCAGUACGACGGCGUGCUCAACGACGACCCGGCCAUCACCUGCCGUGUCUGGCUGCUGCGGGUGUUGGCGAAGCUGCAGGAGCCGGUCAGUGUCAAGGGCAAUGCUGGGUGUCGGAUCCUGAGUGCCGAUAUGGCGCGGCUGGAGCGGGAGGCGCUGGAUUUUGGGAAUCUGCAUGCGCAGAGUGCGAUUGAGAAUCUUCAGCCGCGGCCGAUUGGGCGCUCGGAGGUGCUAGGAGAGGAUGGUUCCGGGGGAGUGGCGGUGGAGUUGGGUUGAGAUGUCUUGUGGGCUAUGCUGGGUAGAGCUGUAUGUAUAUCAGCGUACAGCACUGCUUCGUAUCUUUGGAUACAAGGCAGUAAAGGAGGAGACGGCAGAGCCCCUGAUUUGACCAACAAAAGUCUCAGCCCCCCUGGCCGUACUUAGGCUAUACGGCCUGAGUUGAAGAACACGACGUAGACUUUCAAAGACCCUUUCAAGUCCAUAAACCCUAAGCCCUUUCAGAGCACCAACCUGCUCAAACCGAAAUAUGAGUAUGCGAGGCCACACAAUUCUCAACUUUCAAGCGCAGGGCUAUGAACAUAAAACAGUAGACUUCAAGGGAUAUAUACAUAUACAUAAACUCACAUUAUCGCUCCCUGUCCCACAAUACACA